AUGCAAUCCAAUACAUUGUAUGACUGCACGCUCGUUUGCAAUGGACACGAGAUUCCUGCUGCCAAAUGCAUUCUGGCAGCCAAUUCGCCUUAUUUCGAGGGCAUGUUCUACAGCGGAAUGGAUGAGUCUCAAAAAGACCGUAUCCGUAUUGACUACUUCGAUCAUUAUGUAUUGGAGAAAAUAGUUGAGUAUUGCAAUACACAAAGUAAGCAGUAUCCUAUUGCCUUGACAUGUUUUUCUCAUCAACAGCAUGUAGUAUUGACCCAUUUGUUGUAUAUCUUGCUACAGGAGAUGAAUUGUAAUAAAUUAGCCUCAAUCUUUCAGAAAAUCCAAGUUAACAUAAGUGGAUUGAGCUCGUCACAAAUUGGUCUUGUUGUCAGGGCGACUAUGUAUAACACACCUAGUCCGAAGUCGUCUGCCAUAUUAGUUGUCAUAAUUCCCAGCAUCAGGCGAUCCUUAUUCCUCCGGUUAGCAAUAGAUCCCUGA